GACGAACUUGACCUCUUGACGGCGACUUCACCAACACUGGCUUCGACAUCAGGCCACUCCGCGACCUCUGUGACUAGCGACCUCUCCCCAAUGGGCGAACCUGGAGCGACUCGUACUCUUCGCUCUCGCGUUAAUUCAACAAGUUAUUCAACAUCAAAUAAACGCAAAAGACCGCCAACUGUCUACACCAUCGCGAAGAAAAGUAAGACUGAUGAAAAGAAACCUGCAAGAGAGGAGAAAGAGGCUACAACCGUCCUUGUUAAUUCAGCUCGGGCCGCCAUAGACACAUCCAGAAAACAUUGGCUGCAUCGCCAUCGUGAUCUCUUCUCACCUCUACUUCCUCCCAAGAGUAGCAUUCUUGAUAUCAUAAAACGUGAUGUCGAAAUGUCCGGCGAUGGAUCGCCUUUCGUGCCAUUUCAUCACAUUCAUGAACAACCGAUAUCUGUUGUAGGGGGGGUUAUGAAAGAUUAUCAGCUUCAUGGACUAUCGUUUUUGGUAUACAUGUACAAGAAUGGUAUAAACUGCAUUUUGGGCGAUGAGAUGGGUCUUGGCAAAACACUUCAGACCUUGUCGUUCUUCGCAUACAUCAAGGAUACUACUCAACACAGACGGCUGCCACCACAUUUAGUCAUCUGUCCUCUGUCUGUCUUACACUCGUGGGCUUCCGAAGUACAGCGUUGGCUCCCUUCGUUCGAGACCCUUCGUUUCCAUGGCCCUCAGUCUGAGCGAACCCGUUUGAAAGACGCUGUUCUCGCAGGCCAGAAAUUCGACAUCUGCAUUACGACGUACGAGGCAUAUGUCGCUGAAGCGAGCUGGUUCAAGCAUAGACAUUGGACAUGCUGUGUACUGGAUGAAGGACACAGAAUCAAAAAUUCUGGAACCGUUGUCGCACACGAACUGCAGGGCAUCGGCUCCUUAUAUCGUCUUCUGUUGACCGGGACGCCCAUACAAAAUAACCUUGUGGAACUUUGGGGUAUCCUUCACUGGCUGUAUUCUAGUGUUUUCACUGCUGCAUCCGAGCAGCCCUUCAAGGAUUCAUUCGAUCUCAAUCGCGGUGUGUAUUCCCUUCCCUUCCUAAACGCUGCACAGAAACUUCUUUCGAAGAUCAUGCUUCGCCGCACCAAGGCUACAGUAGAAAUAAGCGUGCCACCACGAGAGGAGCUGACAGUCUUUGUGCCGAUGACGGAAGCGCAGCGCUUCUGGACAUACAGGCUGUUGACGCGCAUGGAGAGAAUGGACUUACAAGAGAUCUUUGACGUCAAAUUAGAACAUUCGCAUCAAGAUGAGAUUGAAGUCCCAGGCGGCGGAGGAAUCUCGCAGAACCGAUGGCACAAGCUGAUGAAUCUCCUGUUGCAACUCAGGCUUGUUUGCGACCAUCCAUAUCUCCUCCCCAAUGCCGAGCCCGAGCCAUAUCAAAUUGGCGAGCAUCUGGUUGCGGCUUCAUCGAAAUUAAUUGUCAUCGAUAAACUACUUGAAGACCUACUGCCUAAGGGCGAGCGCGUUAUUAUUUUCAGUCAAUGGACGAAGAUGCUGGAGCUUCUGGAAGAGUUCAUGCAACUGCGAAAUAUUCCUUAUGCUAAGCUCGAAGGGUCCACGAGUCGCGCCAGACGUGUUCUAGACAUCAAAUUGUUCCAGCAAGAGCAAUCACCGUACAAGGUCUUCCUGAUUUCGACCAAAGCGGGUGGUCUAGGAAUAAAUCUAACGAGAGCUUCGACGGUCAUUAUGUUCGACUCUGACUGGAAUCCCCAAAAUGAUAUGCAAGCGAUUGCUCGAGCGCAUAGAAUCGGGCAGACCAAGGUGGUCAAGGUCUACAGGCUGAUCUGUCAAGGGAGUGUCGAAGACCAGAUGCUGGACAGGAUCCGUCGGAAGCUCUUCCUGUCGGUCAAAGUGAUGGGCUCUGAGAAUCAUGCCACAGGCGAUGAAAGCUCAGGCUAUAAGGCCGACGAAUUGCUGGACAUCUUGCGCAAGGGCAGCAGUGCUCUUUCUAGCGGCAUCGUCGGCAUGGAGUUCUCUCGCUUCCUCUGCGCUCCCAUUCAAGAAAUAUUCGACGCCUCCCGCGAGCAUGAUGAUCGUCGAAUCGCUAAGGCCAAGCAUUUUGAAGGGGUUAAGGAACACGUGGAUGAGAGGCUUGUGCAAGACGCAGAGGAGGAGGAGCGAAAGUUGCUAAUGGGGGUCGCCCAAGUCCAGAGCAGGCUGUUCGAAGGCAAGGUGAUCAAGCGACCGUCGAACGCGGAGAUCGCCUCCGAAUGGAAGGAGUUGCAGAAGCGGGGUCGCGCAAAACGCAUAGUGAAUGUGGGCGGCAUCGAGAUGAUCGCGGAACAUAUGGGUCCAGAAAUCUUGUCCCCGGUCGGGAAAACCCCGGUCCAUGUGAAGCGUUCUAGGAAGAAGUUUGAGACUGAAGAUUGGUGUCUGUAUUGUCGAGAUGGCGGUGAACUCGUCGUCUGUACUUGGUGUCCGCGAGUCUUUCACGCCAAGUGUCACGGACUGUCACGUCGGGACGUAGUCCAUAUGGUAAGCGCGUCGUGUAGCCAGCACAAGUGCGCACAUUGUACCCGCGCAACGGCAGACGCUGGUGGCAUGCUCCUGCGAUGUCGUACGUGUCCGCAGGCGUUUUGCGAGGACUGCCUUCCCGACGAAAAGUUCGAACCAAUUGGAGAUGAGCUGCCAGAAUACCUGCUGCUGGGGUAUGGCUCUGCAGAGAACGCAUACUAUAUCUAUUGUCCAGAUUGUAUUGAACAGCGACAAGAGGAGCCUGCCUGGUGGGAAACAUGGCAACAAGAAUUCCAGGAGAAGCAGAGGAAAUGGGAGGGGCAGAUGGAAGCAGCCUCCCACUCAACAUGAAGAGAACUGAUGAUUGGUUGUGCACAUGUAGCUCUUUGUUUUCCACUACUAGUUUCUGCACGCAUCAUGCUAGCCCCGAUGGAUAACACCCUGAUCAAACCCAAAAGAUAUCAUCGCCGC